UGUGGGAACAGUUUGGAGAUGACCCCUUCCUGUUCCAACAUGACUGCGCACCAGUGCACAAAGCAAGGUCCAUAAAGACAUGGAUGAGUGAGUUUGGUGUGGAGGAACUUGACUGGCCUGCACAGAGUCCUGACCUCAACCCGACAGAACACCUUUGGGAUGAAUUAGAGCGGAGACUGUGAGCCAGGCCUUCUCGUCAACAUCACUGCCUGACCUCACAAAUGCGCUUCUAGAAGAAUGGUCAAAAGUUCCCAUAAACACACUCCUAAACCUUGUAGAAAGCCUUCCCAGAAGAGUUGAAGCUGUUACAGCUGCAAAGGGUGGGCCAACUCCAUAUUAAACCCUACGGAUUAAGAAUGGGAUGUCAUUAAAGUUCAUGUGCACGUAAAGGCAGACGUCCCAAAACAUUUGGCAAUAUAGUGUACGAACCAAUAGAAAAGAAAAGUCAUUCCAGAACAACUUCUCUUUCACGAUGACAUUAAAAUUUCAGAUGCACAGAGGGUCGGACCUCAGCACAGCCCCUGGAUUACUCACAAUUACAGAUGAUGAAUGACCUCCGCUUUGUUGUUUGUGCUUUGUCGCAUCUCACCCCUGAUUCCUCUUAGUUUUUUUUUUUUUUUUUUUAAGAAGGAGAAUUGUUUAAUAUGAGACAGGAAAGACAAAUGAAAUAUACUGUAAAUGAUUUACUGCGUGAUGAUUAAAUGAUCAUUAAAUGAUCAUUAAUAUAUUUUCACUGCAUUAAUAUUAAUUUAGAGAUUAGUCUGCAAAUGCAUCAUAAACAACGUGCCAGGCAGCUUAUUACGCUCCAUGUCUGUAGAGGGCAGUAAAGCACUGUGAGACUGAGGCACGGCAGGUGAUUUAACAUGUGUGGUCCUCCUGACAAAAGAAACUGCACAGGUCUGGAUGUUCAGGGGCACUACUGGUCAUUUUGAGAUAAAGAGACUUAGGUUUAUCAGUUCUUUGAAGAAGCCUCGUUUCGAUUCGCUACCGAACAGCAGAGCAUUUUAAUUAGAGUGUCAGCAUAUUUAAAUCUGAGCAUGAAUAAUUAACAGCUCAGUCCUGUCCGCCCACUCUCCAUGUUAAUGCAGCUAUUACUCAGUCAAAUGGUGGAGACUGAUAUUUGUAGUGGCAUGAUUGAUCAAAAAUAGGUUAAUUUGGGAUUUGUGCUGGAUUGUGAAUGCAAAACAGAGCGUGGAAGCUGUCUGUUUUAAAUUGAGGGCAAUGUGGAUGAGGUUCAGCAUACAAAUAGAGAGCCAGUGUUUCCCUUUCAUGUUCUGCUGUAUUCUAUCAUGUACCCUGUAGAGGAGACAACUAACAGGAACAGCAUUUAGUGUAGAUUUUUCUUUUAAGUUAUAUUAAUGUAUAAUUUACCUGCAGUAUAGAGAAAUAAGUAUGUAUUUGGGCUUCUGCAAACAUGCAGCAAUAAUAAUAACAGCACAAGUAAACCCAACAGAAAGGAAUGAGUGUUUUUGAGGGGGUGUGUCCCUCUGACGUCAUCGGAUCUGGCUGUAUAAGGAGUCGGGAGUGACAGGCGUCAUGGCUCCUCCAGUGGAGACAGAGAGCAUUGAUCUGUGUGAUGUAAUGAUUUAUCAAGUUCAUUUUUUCUGGAGGCAAUUUUAAAAGAGGAGGGCUCUGAAGAUUGACACUUUAUACGUGAAGCACUGGAGCGUUAGUUGGGAAUGUCGUGGAUUUCGAGGUCUUUCCCGGCACUGCUCUUCCUGGUGUACUCGCAAGCAGGAGAGGACGAUGAUAUUCGAGCGGGCUGCAGCACUGCUGUGAAUGACCUGGUCUACAUCAUGGAUGGCUCCUGGAGUGUGGGAGAUGAGGACUUCGAAACAGCCAAGCGCUGGUUGGUCAAUGUCACCAGUGGCUUUGAUGUUAGUUCACACUACUCACAGAUCGGUGUAGUCCAAUACAGUGACACGCCUAGGUUGGAGAUUCCUCUCGGUCUCCACAAGACCACUCAAGAUCUCAUUAAAGCCAUUGAGGAUAUCAGCUAUUUAGGUGGAAACACCCAGACGGGCCGCGCCAUCAAGUUUGCCGUGGACCACGUCUUUGCGUCUUCGCAACGAAAUGAUGUGAAGAACCGUAUUGCUGUGGUGGUGACUGAUGGAAAGUCGCAAGACGACGUUAUGGACGCGAGCAUUGAGGCGCGAGCACAAGGGAUUAAAGUGUUUGCGGUGGGCGUUGGUACGGAGAUCACCACGUCAGAGCUGGUGACCAUCGCCAACAAGCCGGAGGGGGAUUACGUGCUUUACGCGGAGGACUACACCAAUAUCGACCGUAUCCGUGACGCUAUGGAACAGAAGCUGUGCGAGGAAUCUGUAUGUCCCACACGUAUUCCUGUGGCGUCCCGUGAUGAGAAAGGCUUUGAGCUGAUGUUGGGCAUGAAGAUCCAUCAGAAAGCUAAGAAGAUACAUGGCUCAUUACUGUCAGAGGCGGCGUAUCUGAUAGACAAGAGCACUGACAUCACUGAAAACACAAGGGAAAUUUUUCCAGAAGGCCUCCCUCCCUCAUAUGUGUUUGUGUCGACUCUGAGGCUGAAAGGGCCUUCUAGCAGGGAGAAGUUUGACCUGUGGAGGGUUCUGUCUAAAGAUGGACAGAUUCAGGCCGCUGUCACACUAAGCGGACUGGACAAAUCGGUCAUCUUCACUACCACAAACAUGGUUAAUGAGGAACAGAUGGCUACUUUUGAUGCACAAGGCAUUGAGGCUCUGUUUGAUGGAAGCUGGCACCAGCUGAAGGUUCUGGUUAAACCCAGACAUGUCACCUGUUUCCUGGAUGACCAGCAGAUUCAAGACGAGGCUCUGGAAACUUCUGUGCCCAUCUACAUCAACGGAAAGACUCAGAUUUCCAAGCGUUUUGGCUCUGACACUACACUUCCUACAGAAAUUCAGAAACUGAGGCUUUAUUGUGACCCACAUCAAAGUGAGCGAGAGACCGCAUGUGAAAUCUACUCUGUGGAUGAUGAGCGGUGUCCUCUGGACCGUGAGCCCACCGGUGACGCUGAGGAAGAGUGCGACUGUAGCGAAGGACAGCCGGGACCGCCGGGACCUCCAGGACCUCCAGGACCGAGGGGUCUGCGGGGAGAGGAUGGAAGGGAAGGACCUCCGGGCCCCGAUGGUAAGCCUGGACCCCCGGGUUCAAGAGGAGAGCCAGGAGAUCCAGGUAUACCUGGAGAAAAGGGUGACGAAGGUCUGCCAGGGCUGAGAGGCGAUCCAGGACUUCAGGGUGUGAAAGGUGAACGAGGAGAACGAGGGUUGCCAGGGAAACCGGGCCCACCAGGACCAAUGGGAGCAUCGAAACCAAACUUUGGUACUGUUGGAUUGCCAGGAAAAAAGGGAGAUCAGGGGCAGCAAGGAGAACAAGGACCUCCCGGAGAGCCUGGUCCAGUGGGGAAACCAGGAAUCCCUGGGAACGAUGGACCAGCCGGCCCUGCUGGAUCAAAGGGAGAGAAAGGAGACGUCGGGCUGCCGGGCGCAGAUGGACCGCAAGGUGUUCCAGGAAUUCGUGGCCUUCCUGGUGAAGCAGGAGAGAACGGACCGCAGGGUGCGAGAGGAGCAGCUGGCCAGAAAGGAUCACCUGGACCGAGAGGACCUCCAGGCGCGUCGGGCCCUUCAGGGGCCCCUGGAGCAGACGGACUCCACGGCCCCAAGGGUAGUGCAGGAGAAAAAGGCAGCGCAGGUAAUCCUGGUACGGCAGGUCAAAAGGGUGACCAGGGCGAGCCUGGAUUUCCAGGAGUUCAAGGUGCGAUGGGCCUUCCUGGAUUUAAAGGACACAAGGGAGAGAGAGGAGAAUCUGGACCCAAAGGCAUUCAGGGUGAAAAGGGAAGCAAAGGGGUCCCCGGGAUGCCUGGAUUUUCAGGUGAAGUCGGACCCAGAGGGAGCAAAGGAGAGAAAGGUACGCCAGGUGAGACUGGGGUCAAAGGUCCUGAUGGCCAGAAGGGAGACGUGGGACACAUCGGUGUGGUCGGACCACGCGGAUACCCUGGCCAGGAUGGUUUACCGGGGCAACCCGGCGCUCCGGGCUUUCCAGGGAAGCCUGGUAAGCCUCCCUCAGAGGAGCACUUAAUGAAACUCUGUGGGGACGUUCUGAGAAAUCAGCUGCCCCAGCUGCUGCAGAUGAUGGGCCCUCAGCGCUGUGAACCCUGUGAGAGCAUUAAAGGACCCCCGGGACACCCCGGAGCUCCAGGGCCCAAAGGCUCCAGCGGGCCUCCUGGCUAUCCCGGCAGACACGGCUCUCAGGGCUACCCAGGGCCUCCGGGCAUCCAUGGACCCCCAGGGGUCAAAGGGGACACAGGCCCAAGGGGAUUUAAGGGCAAUAAAGGAGAGAGCAGACCAGGAUACCCAGGGCCUCCUGGAGACACAGGGAUCCAGGGUCCUCGCGGCAGUGAUGGCAUUGGUAUUCCGGGUCCUCCGGGAAUAGCGGGUAAAUCUGGGACGCCGGGCAUUCCAGGGAAGCCAGGUCCUCCGGGGCCGGCCGGCGUGUGUGACAUGUCCAUCUGCUACCAAUCCUAUAACCUCAGGGAUGAGCACUACAGUAAAGGGCCGGAUUUCUAACACACACAUUUAAGCGAACACAUGGGCUCAGCUCUCGGACUGCCAUGAGCGCCAUAGCAAAUCCAGAGGAAUUUACAGACAUGGCUUGGGACAUUGUCUGAGUGCUGCUAUGGUGCAAUGAAACAUCAGUGGCCUUUAGAUGAAAAAUAGUGACAUUUAUAGACGUGAAACCUGCCUUUCAGUGCACUGCGGGUUUUGUAAACACCAUUAGCACGUUCAUAAGGUCAUUUGUGAAAUAAUACUGCGAGUGGAUGGAUGUUGAUGUGUCAUAAACAUAGCAAUUAACAUUAAUAUUUAUCACCAUUACUUAUGAAUAUUAAGUAUUAGUAAAGUAAAUGACUUUUUGUUGCCAAACAAGGAACCUUUGCACCAUGAUAUGAGAUGCAAUAAUAAAAACAUUAGUUUGUUUGUCAAAUGAAUAUUAAGAAUAAGUGUUCAGAGACAUGCUUUAAAAAAUAAUGGGGAAAAUGUUUUUGAUUUCCACAAUACUUGACUGGAAAUAUUCUGAUUGGACAGAUUUUGAGACUUUUCAUUGACAUUUCAUUGAAUUAAUAAUUGUACUUUAAAUAGCUGGCUAUUAUUUUUUUAUAUUAUUUACAUAUUUGCAUACUUUUUUUUUUUUUAUAUAUUAUCUGCACUGCCUGAAGGGAAGGUAAAUUCAUGCAAAUCUCACUGAUUAUUAUUCCAUUAAAUAAAAGGAAUAUUAAUCAUUAAAUCAACUAUUUAUUCCAUUUUGUUUGUUCAGGAACGCAUGAAUCUUAUAUUUCUCUUUUGGCAGUAAAAUAUUUAAGAUGUGUAAGGUAUGAGAUACAAAUUUGACAGGUGUAAUUAUUUUAAAUAUUUUACAUUUAUUUGUGAAUCCAUACAAACUGCUUGUUACAGAAAUAUAUAUAUAGUUUGAUAUUAUUGCUCUUUCUAAAUUGAUAUAUUACAAUUUUUGCUGUUAUAUAAUCUUUUACUCUAACAUUCAAUUCUAAUCUAUUGUUUUAUUCACUCAUUGUAGUUUAUUAGAACAAACUUGUGUUCAUUUUAAAACUAUACUCUACAAAUGCUGGGUUAAAAACAGCCCAAGUUGGGUUGUUUUAACCCAGCAGUUGGGUUAAAUGUUUGCCCAACCUGCUGGGUAGUUUUAUGUAACUCAACUAUUGUUUAAAAAUGACUAUAUGUCUGACUUAAAAUGAACCCAAAAUAUGUUGGAAAUUAAAAAUCAGACACAUAAUUACUAGAGGCAACAAUAAUAAUCAAAAGGUGAACAUUUAUUAAUAAGCAAUUUAAUAAAUUUUAAUUUCCAACAUACUUUAGGUUCAUUUUAA